CUGGGUCGCCAGCUCCGCCCUCGCUCCUGUCCCCGCCCCCGCCAGAGGCCCCCGGCCCCGACUCAGCUCUGAGGGGCGGCCAGGACAGCGACUGUGACGCCAGCAGCUGCGACUCGGAGGAGGAGGAGGGCUCCUGCCCAGAGUGUCGGUGGGGCCCGGCGGGCCUGGCCGAGCAAACAGAGGAGACAAUGGCAGGGCAUAAUCAACUCUGCAUUCGCCGUUGGACUACUAAGCAUGUUGCUAUAUGGCUGAAAGAUGAAGGUUUUUUUGAGUAUGUGGAUAUCUUAUGCAAUAAACAUAGACUUGAUGGACUUACAUUGCUAACAUUGACUGAAUAUGACCUACGGUCACCUCCUCUGGAAAUUAAAGUCUUGGGAGACAUCAAAAGGCUGAUGUUAUCAAUACGUAAACUGCAAAAAAUACAUAUUGACGUUUUAGAAGAGAUGGGUUACAACAGUGACAGUCUUCUUGGCCCCAUGUCACCUUACAUCAGUGUUCUGCAAGGCUCAGACUGGCUUUGUAAUGGGGAACUACCACAUGACUGUGAUGGACUUAUCACUGACUUGAAUUCAGAUCAGUACCAGUACAUGAAUGGGAAGAACAAACACAUGGUUAGAAGAUUAGACCCAGAAUACUGGAAGACCAUAUUAAGUUGUGUGUAUGUGUUCAUAGUAUUUGGGUUUACAUCCUUCAUCAUGGUUAUAGUCCAUGAACGAGUGCCUGACAUGCAGACUUAUCCACCACUACCAGAUAUAUUUCUAGAUAGUGUCCCUAGGAUUCCGUGGGCCUUUGCCAUGACAGAAGUGUGUGGUGUCAUUCUCUGUUACAUCUGGCUGCUGGUGCUGCUCCUUCACAAACACAGGUCAAUACUCCUUCGAAGACUCUGUAGCCUGAUGGGCACUGUGUUCUUGCUUCGCUGCUUUACCAUGUUUGUGACUUCCCUUUCUGUGCCAGGACAGCACCUCCAGUGUUCUGGAAAGCUGUACGGCAGUGUUUGGGAAAAACUGCACCGAGCCUUUGCCAUAUGGAGCGGCUUUGGUAUGACCUUGACUGGAGUACACACUUGUGGAGAUUAUAUGUUCAGUGGCCACACAGUUGUCCUGACUAUGCUGAAUUUUUUUGUUACUGAAUAUACACCAAGAAGCUGGAACUUCUUGCACACUCUGUCCUGGGUCCUCAACCUCUUUGGAAUCUUCUUCAUUCUGGCUGCACAUGAACAUUACUCCAUUGAUGUGUUUAUUGCCUUUUAUAUCACCACAAGACUCUUUUUGUAUUACCAUACUCUGGCCAACACCAGAGCGUAUCAGCAGAGUAGGAGAGCGAGGAUCUGGUUCCCCAUGUUUUCAUUUUUUGAAUGCAAUGUUAAUGGUACAGUACCUAAUGAGUAUUGUUGGCCUUUUGCAAAACCUGAAGUAAUGAAAAGAUUAAUUGGUUGAAGAAUGUGUCUUUGUAAAGGAUUCGUGAUCAAAUAUACAGAAAUGAUUUCAAAAACUAAUAACUUUAUUUUUUCCCCUCGUGUUUCUGAAUGCCUUGUUACUUGGCUUGUUAGUUGACAGAGUGGGACUUUCUGUGCUUAGCAAGGUUAUAGUUGUAAAAAGUAAGCAUUGAAUAGUCACCAAUACUCAAGUAGGUAUUUGAACAGAAAGCUCAAAUAAUCUUUUUUCCUUUUAGGGGAGGGACAGGGAGAGAGAGAGUGCAGAUUUUGUGUUAGCAUUUUGAGAUAGGUAUAUUUUUUGUUAAAAAAAAGAUUUCUGCUGAUUACUGGCAUGAUUAUAUUCAAGAAGUAAUAUUUUGUGAAAGCUGCUUCCAGUUAUCUUCAAAGAAAAAAAAUCCAUGAGCAAUACUUGUCAUUUAAAAUCUCUCUCUCU